UCCUGGACUACCUGCCAGAAAUCCUGGACGGACUCUUUCAGAUUUUGGGGGACAGCAGCAAGGAGAUCCGCAGAACAGCUGGAGGCAGAGGAGUGGUUCAAGACCCUGUCAAUUGAGUGCCUGGGGACCCGCCUCAAUGACAUCAGCCUGGGGGAGCCAGACCUGCUAGCAGCGGGGGUGCAGUGUGAGCACACAGGAUGUGUGACAGUGGGGAGGGGCUGUACACCUUCCAGACGCGGGAGGGAGAGCAGAUCUACCAGAGGGUCCACUCUGCCACACUCGCCAUCGCUGAGCAGCACAAGAGAGCCCUGCUGGAGCUGGAGAAGAACAGCAGGUUGCUGUCGAAAGGCUCGGAGGCGGGUUCGUACCCCUGCACCCCCACGGCCAUCCUGCCCCGCAGUGCCUUCUGGCACCACAUCACGGGCACGCCCGCCGGACUGGACAGCGCCAACGGUGACCUGUUCGGCGGUUCGCAGACGGACCCUGAGUCAGACCUGCUGCCCACACGCCUGCCCACAGAACGCCACAGCACCGUUCCCCUCCGUCACAGCCGGCACCCCCCCUGACACUACCCCUCCUACCCCAGCCAGUGAGGGGCGCUGUGGGCCCUCUUCCUUACCACCUCGUCUCUCACCCUCUCCUCUCCACUGGAGCACAGGACUUCAUUUCACCUUCCUGCCCCUACCUACCCUACCACAACCCCACCCCACUCUACCCCAAAAGCACCACCCCCUCUUGGGCCAGUGAGGGGCUGGAAGGAUGCCAGGCAGUGGGGGGCAGGGUCUGAGGGAAUGCCCCCCCCCUUCUCGAAAGACGGGAGGAGCCAGGCCAUGCAGCCGCCACAUCUCCCAGCAAGACUACAACUCCCAGCAAGCCCCAGGGAGGAGCAUACAGGAAGUCCUGAAGAUGGAGAGGUCUGGAGCUGGAAGCUGACCUGGCGUAGUCGCAUUGGCCACGUAUCCAGACGCUUUUGUUUAUUCGUGACCCUUAUCUGUGUGAAUCUCUCUUGUGCAUGCCCCGUCAGAGAGGAACGUCAUGGCAAACGUGUGUGUGUGU